AUGGUGAAUAAUGAAUCCGAAUUUCGUGUUAAAGUCGCUAUUCGAGUUCGACCAUUCUUACAACGAGAGAAAGCUCACGAACAAAAGAGUUGUGUAGCGAUUCAUCCACAGACAAAUCAGAUCGUUGUAGGCGAUCGAAAGACGUUCAAAUACGAUUUUGUAUUCGGACCCAAAACUCAACAAGAAGAACUGUAUGAAACAUGUAUAGCACCUAUGUUAACGAAUGUUUUUGAUGGAUACAACGUGACUAUCUUUGCUUAUGGACAAACCGGUUCAGGAAAAACAUAUACAAUGACCGGUGGAAAUAUUCUAUCGAUUGGAGAGAAAGAUUAUGGUAUCGUACCACGAGCUGUUCAAACAAUUUUCCAUACAUUACAGAAUCGACCUGAUCGUCGUGCGACUAUUUCUGCAUCGUACUUAGAAAUUUAUAAGGAUGACAUUAUUGAUUUAUUGGAUAUAAAUGAUAAAGCUUUGGAUGUUCGUGAUGAUGCAGCUGGAAAUACUAUUGUUGUCGGUGCCAGUGAACACACAUGUCAUUCAGUUGAUGAUGUUGUUAAUUUAUUAAAGAAAGGAUCGACCGCACGACACAUAGGAGCAACACAAAUGAACGACGAAUCAUCACGAUCUCAUGCGAUUUUUACUUUGCAUAUCGAACAACGUAUGAGAGAGAAAAAUUCCAGCUCACUUAUGAUACAAGCAUCGUUUGAUGGUCUUAUGAAACCUGUUCAAGCUGCAUUCGACGAAAGUUAUCUCUCUGCCAAAUUGCACUUUGUGGAUUUGGCUGGCUCAGAACGUGUCGCACGAACACAUAAUACUGGUGAACGAUUCCAAGAAUCUAUUCGUAUCAAUUCAGGCCUAUUAGCAUUGGGAAAUGUCGUUAGUGCCUUGUCCGAUCCGAAAAAACGUGCUGGUGGUCAUAUUCCUUAUCGAGACUCCAAAAUUACUCGUCUACUCAAAGAUUCACUCGGUGGAAAUGCCAAAACAUUGAUGAUAACAUGUGUUAGUCCGUGUAUUGUCGAUCUCGAUGAAUCUGUCAAUGCUCUUCAGUAUGCUCAUCGGGCAAGUCAAAUUCGUAAUAAACCUAUCAAAAAUGUUGACCCGAAUGCUCAACGCUUCGUUGAAAUGCAAAGUGAAAUUACGUACUUACGGGAGGAAUUACAACGACAGCGAUCCUUAUUAUCUCGUAAUGGCCAAGUGUCCAGUGCACGUCGUUCUAAUACAACAGUGAAUACUAAUAAUGCACGCCGUUUAAUUCAAACAGCUUAUACAUGUUUUCAACAAUUGAAUGAAUGUCGAGAAUUGAAUGACGAGCAAAAACAAUGGAUACAAACGUGGAUGGAUGCUGUAGUCAAUGAAAGUUCUAUGGAUUGGUACAACGAUCUGUUCACAUGUCGAAUAACAAAUUUAGAGACUGCAUUGCAUACAGCUCAAGAUGAGUUGAAGUCGGAAUCGGAAAUGCGUGUUCAACGAGAUAUGAUUAUGGAUAAACUUCAAGACGAAUUGAAAACUAAAGAAGAUGAACUGAAUCGUAUACGUGUUGCAUUAGAUGAAUCAAAUCAUCAUCUAAAACAACAAGAAGAAAUUCUUUCCCAACUACAAAACCAGUCACAAAACCACAAUCAUUCAACUAAUAUCUAUCAACUGAAUCAUUCUACAGCGAAAAAAUCGUUCUAUGAUCGUGUUAAAUCCGCACCUCACUUCAACGGUUUUCAAAGAAAAGAUCAAUCAAUUCAACCACGAAACAUUCAUUCUAGUCCAGCUGCAUUUGAUAUGGAAUAUGUCAUAGACAGAUUUCAUGGACGAUCACUAGCUAUAGCACACUCCCGAGAAGAAGUUGAAGAACUCGCAUUGAAAAGUACAGAAGAUUCGUUAACUGAACAAAAUCGAUUAGUUCGCCACGAUACAUAUCGUGUCCGUCGAAAACGAACCACACCAAGUAUUAUCCCCGAUGAUGAAACAAUUCAAUCGUUGAGACAAUCAACACUGCAGAAGCAACAGCUAAUCGAUGAAACUACCCGAAAAGUCAAAGAAGCAGAAAAUAAUGCUCAUUUACUCAAUAUUAACAUUCAAUUAAAAGAGCAAUUAAUUAAAAGUGUAUACACGUCGACAAAAGAUGUGAAAGAUACCAACGAACAAUAUCAACAACAUAUUAAAACACUCGAGCGGGAAAUGGAAAAAGCGAAGCUUGAGUAUCACGACUUACAAAAGGUAAUGCAACAAAUAGCAACUAAAACCAAUCAUGAAAAAUCGAAAUUAGAAGGGGAAUACCGAAAGAAAUGUGAACUGGCAAAAGCUCGAAUAGAAUCACUUCAGCAGAAGGAGAAACACUACCGAGAAUUGAUGAUCAAACUCACAGGCAAUACGGAAAAGAGGAUUGUUGACCUCCAAGCAGCACUAUUCCGAAUGAAACAGCAAUACGAAACUGCACAAAAACGAAUACGUGAAGAGAGCGAAUUGAAAAAUAAAUUCGAACAGGAACUCAUUCGCGAACAACAACGUAUUCAAGAGCUACAAAUUCAGAAUGAACAGCAACAGAAAAUUCUCAAACUUAAAACAGAAGGUCUCGUUGCUGCACAACGGAAAUUACGCGGUGCUUCCAAUGGAAAUAUUUCUGAUCGAACGACGACGUUCGAUGUUGAUAUGGAGAAGUUGAUUGCCGAACGAAAAGAAUUAGAAGCACUGAGAGAUGAUAUACAAAAACGUGAAGAGCUAAUACAAAAGAAGGAAAUUCUACUUCAAGAGAAAACGGAAUUAGAAGCGAAAAAGAUUCGUGCAAGUCAGAUUGUCAAUAAGAAUUUGAAAAAUGUGGAUAAACAACAAACAGAUCGUCGAGUAAUACGUGAGCAAUUAUUAGAACAAAAGCGUUUGUAUACAGAACGAUUGGAAGAACAAAAUGGUGUGUUAUCACCAACAGAAGAACGACGUUUGAUUGAAAUUGGUGAAGCCAUCGAAGCAGUUAAUUUAGCAAUUGAUUAUCAAAAUAAUAUGAUCUUGAAACGUGAGCGUGACGUCGAACAAUCAGUUCGAGCCAGUCAGGGUGCGGAAUCACCUUUGUUCAAGAUCGGACAGUUAAACGAGAGCGAAGCAAAAGAACUCUGUCGCAAAUUGUUUGACAAAGUCAUCGACCUCAAAGAAGAUAAUAAUAAAGUUCAACGUGACUGCGAAGAGAUGAAAUCUCAACUUGCUGAGCAAAAUGAAAUCGUCAACGAACUACAAUCGCGUAUUCAAUCUUUAACACUCGACCAUGAUCGUCGUUUGACAUCAAUUCAACAAGCUCAUGAAGAAGAAAAGCAGUUAUUACUUGGUCAAUUACAAGAAACCUCGAAUCAAAUCAAAGAAUUAGAAAAAGAUUUAUACUUCUACAAAUGUAAAACAAGAGAAUUACGUAAAUCGAUGGCAACUUCGAUCACCAAUGUUAGCGAGAUAACAACACAACGAAAACAUUCGUCUUCGAAAGAAAAUAGUUUUCGAUCAUCCAGAUCGCCCAUCUCACAGCAACCUGCACCGUUUAUUCUUAGAGUAGGUAGUCGAAGCAAUUCAGCACACGACUCGUAA